AUGCUCGGUGGGGCUGAUGGCGUGACUCUGAGUGGUGGACAGGCACAACGGUUGUGCAUAGCGCGUGCACUUUGCCGAAAGCCAGCGCUCCUACUACUCGAUGAAGCGACCUCUGCUUUGGACGCUGCAACCGAGCGACAUGUAUUGCAGACCAUCUCGAGCCUACGGAGUAACCAUCCAGAGGUUGGUUGGGGCGUUGCAGCUUUCGGCGAUCUCUACAAGUCCGUCGUCAAGGCAAAGGAAGGAAAAGAUGCCAUUGUGACUGGUGGCCCAUAUGCUUUGCUCCGUCAUCCGAACUACACCGGCGAGCAGCUGCUGUGGAGCGCCAACUUUGUUGCUGGACUAUUGGCGGCCGCAACGCUGCAUCCGGUGGUGCGUUCCCGGCAUACCAAGCAUUUGCUUCAGGGACUUCAUGGAUUCCAUGCACUUCAAAGUCCCAAGGCUAUCUUGCUCACAUGGCUACCGCUUUCCGCGCUGGGUUUGCUCGGUAUAAUCUUCGUGCUCAUGCAAGCGACUGCUGGCCUCGAAAAGCGUCAGCGGGAGAAAUAUGGCGAGGAGGAGAAGUACCGAAGUUGGUUUAGGAAGACGUGGCCUGGUCUGGCUUUACGUUCUCCAAGAGUCACACCUGAGUCCAGCAUUUGAAAACGGAUUCAAUUGCACUGGCGCUAUUUGAUUAUCUACUUUUGAAUUUGCUGGCGCAGUGAAAUACCCUGCGCUGGAUGUUCCCCACGCUGCGGGAUGCUUUGAAAA